AUGUCGUCUCUGUUCUCAGUGACGAAAUUCCUUUCCAAGUCUCGAGGCCGGUCAAGCAAACGGACCGUUCCUAGUAGAACGGCAUCGGUGGCAGCUGAUGACAGACAGACGGGGAAGGCUCGAGCGGGCUCGAGCUCAUCUAACGUCAUCGUCACCGAACCACCACCGUCCCUUCCAACCAUUUCAAGCCCAGACCCCGCACCACAAUUGCCGUUGGAGCGUCGUGCUUCUGUUUCUUCGACUCCUGGGUCAUUCACAACAUUCAAGACUGGCGGAGAGGCUGCACUCAAGAGAAAGAUCUCCGCGGUCGACGUCGACGAACCUGGUUACGCUGUCGUGCGACAACCAGAAACCCAUUUCUCGGAUAUCGAUUGGACACCUUUGGAUAUUACUGAGGCUAGCACGAAAAAGGACGGAAAUGCCGCUAGCGUCAUACAUCACGAUGACGACAAGCAGAGCGAAGCCGCAUUCAUUGCACCGCAGUCGAACAACCACAAAGAGGAUCUACAAAUCGCGUUGGAAGAAAAGGAAAAACUCACCGCACAGCUGCACGAUGUCGAGGAUCGUCUCCGUAACGCCAUCGACGAUCUCAAGAUCAAGUCGACAGGCUACGACGACCUCGUGACAGAAGCCGACGCCAUGAAGGCUGAGAUAGAGGAGCUGAAGAAGGAGAACGAGGCUGUCAAGCGGACUGCAGAGGAAGAGCGGAGGAUAACGAUGAAGGACGUCCAGCGUGUCAAGGGCUUGAUCGCGGUGGAACGACACAGCCAUCGCGAGCGCGUCAAGGUGUUUGAGGACGGCAAGGCCGCCAUGGCGAAGGAGGUUCGGCAGCUCAGAGCCCAGCUCGCUGUUGAACGGCACAGCCAUCGCGAGCAGGUGAAGGCGUUGCAAGAGGAGAAGGCGGACGUCGAGAAGGAGGCUAGGCGCGUAAAGGCUCUCAUCGCAGUGGAACGUCAUAGCCACCGCGAGCAGAUGAGGGUCCUUCAGGCCUCCAUGGAGGUCGAGCGGCAAAGUCUUCACGACGGGCUUGCGAGUGCUGAGGAGGAAAAGGGUGUAGCGACGAAGGAGGUCCAGAGGGUGAAGGCCCUCAUUGCGGUUGAGAGGCAUAGCCACCGCGAGCAGCUCAAGGCCAUCGAGAGGGAGAAAGAAGAAUUGGCGGACAGGUUGACGACGAACCACCAGAUCGCGGACGAUGCACUGAACAAAUUCCUUCAAAUCCAAGCUACACACGAGGCCGACAUCUUGGAGUAUCACGAAAACUUGGAAGACAAGGACGUCGAGCUGAAGGAGGCCCAAGACCGCAUCCAGGGCUUGGAAGUGCGACUCGAGGACAGCCGCGAGGAGACGCGGGAGUUGUAUGCGAAGUACCAGGAGCUCGAGGCGAAACUCAACGAACGCGAAGGCGAGCUUAUGGGCGGUCAGGAUCGCAUCGAGGACAAGACGGAGCAGAUCGAGGAGCUCAAGAUGGCGGCUAAGAGUAUGUCUGCCCAGCUGGUCCAGCUCCGGGGCCAGCUUAACUCGUCCGAAUGCCACAAUGACGUCCUCCUCGCCCAAAUCCGACAACAGGCCGACCAACUCCAAAACGCGCAAAAGGAGCAGACCCGGCCCAACACACAUCUUCCUAAGCUUGGCAGCGGUAUUCGAGGUUCCGUGCGCGGCUCCUGCGGCCCGCGUGUCGAAGGUGCCGUCAAGGCUCUCAAGCUCCUCAACGACGAAAUCUACCACGCCGCGGCGUCGAUGACAGAUCUUCUGGAGGGGAUAAACAAGAGGUUCGUCGUUGGCGACGCCGAUGGCACGCCUGAAAGGGCCGAAUAUCUGAAGUCGAUCCUUGGCUUAGAGUUGACCAAGAAGUUGCAAGACGAGGCGCAGUACCCUAUCGAAGAGACCAACCCCUUCUACACCCAAAUCGCACUCCAAGGAUGCCUGAUCGCCUCCUGCUUGCGCAUCAUCACUUCGUGGUACCCUACUGAAUGGGAGUUUGGAGACCUCCUGGCGGUGGUGUAUGAGAGGGUCCGCGGUUCAGCUGGGGUCGACAAAGCGAACGCAUGGCGAAGGAUGACGUUGCAAAGCUGUGCGCCUCCUGCAGACCGGAACGCGAAACUCGCAGCAUUCCUCAUCGAUCAAGUUCGCGUUGUGAUGGCCGUCUGUGGGUGGCCUGCGGAGAGUGAUACGGAGAAGGUGGCAGAAGCGUUCCAGCACAAAGUCUACAAUCUCGUGGCUUUGGCACUCCAUCUCAACACUCUGAGGACAUCUAGCGCUCCAGGCGAGGUAGAGCCGACUUCCGUGGACCGUGGAAGGUCAUUCGAGCCUGGGCGUAUGGAGAACGAAUUUCCGUUUGAGAGGACGAAGAGGAACCGGACGGCGCCUAAUUUCAUUCCCGAUGAGCAGGUCGUGUGUACGGUUGGCUUGGGCCUAAAAUGUCUCGAUGCUGGAAACGUUGAGCCCCAGACUCUGCUUAGGCCGAAGGUUAUACUAUAUGGGGCACUGCUGUAG